AUGGCCAAAUGGCUCCGGGACUACCUGAGCUUUGGGGGGCGGAGACCCCCUCCGCAGCCGCCGGCCCCCGACUACACGGAGAGCGACAUCCUGAGGGCCUACCGCGAGCAGAAGGACCUGGACUUCGAGGACCCCUACGAGGACGCGGACAGCCGCGCCGAACCAGAGCCCGCGCCCCCCGCCGACCCCAAGUACAACUCCCCCAAGCACCGGCUCAUCAAGGUGGAGGCCGCCGACCUGGCCCGGGCCAAGGCCCUGCUGGGCAGCCCCGGAGAGGAGCUGGAAAUGGACCCCGAGUACUCAGACCCUUUCGAUGCUCAGCCUCACCCCCCGCCCCCCGAUGAUGGGUACAUGGAGCCCUAUGAUGCCCAGAGGGCUGUAAGUGAACAGCCGUGCAGGGCAGUACAACUGUAUGACACCCCCUACGAAGAACAGGACCCAGAGCUUGGUGAGGAGCCCGCUCCCGGGCAGAAGCCUCAGCAGAGCCGGCUGCCUGGGGAAGAUGAGCGGCCAGCCGAUGAAUAUGACCAGCCCUGGGAAUGGAAGAAAGACCACAUCUCCAGAGCAUUUGCAGUGCAGUUUGACAGUCCCGAGUGGGAAAGGACCCCAGGUUCCGCCAAGGAGCUCCGGAGACCCCCGCCCAGAAGCCCCCAGCCUGCAGAGCGCGUGGAUCCGGAUCUACCCCUGGAGAAACAGCCCUGGUUUCAUGGCCCUCUGAGCCGGGCAGAGGCUGAGAACCUUCUGUCCCUCUGCAAGGAAGGCAGCUACCUCGUGCGGCUCAGCGAGACCAGCCCCCAGGACUGUUCCCUGUCCCUCAGGAGCAGCCAGGGGUUCCUGCAUCUGAAGUUCACCCGGACACGAGAGAACCAGGUGGUGCUGGGCCAGCACAGCGGUCCGUUCCCCAGCGUGCCAGAGCUGGUCCUGCACUACAGCUCGCGGCCUCUGCCCGUGCAGGGCGCUGAACACCUGGCCCUGCUCUACCCCGUGGUCACACAGAGCCCCUGA